UCUUUUGGAGGAGUUAGUGGGGAAUUGGAACAAAAUCAAUCAAUUGGAAGAUGGUAUUUUUUUUGGCAUUUAAUUUUUUUAAUAUCAAAAGGUUUCAACCUCCGACGUCUCAGCCAUCGUAUAAUCAAUUUGGCGUUCAACAGAAUGUUCAACAAAAUAGCACAACCGGAUUUCGGAAUGGCGAUUGCCCACCAUCUUUACUCUCACUUGAUUUUAAAGGAUCAUUUAAUGAUUAUGACCAGGAUGUUAUUGGUUUCCGUCAUCCCACCAACAAAAAUAUGCAGUUCGGUUUGUCCGAGACACAACGAAAUGAACAACCAAAUCGCGUUAUUGAAAACUCUUCGUAUGCAACGCAAAAUCGUCAGAACAGAAACGUUGAACAUCCUCGUAUUCAAUUGUUUAAACAUACGAGUGAAUCUUUACAUGAAUCGGAGGAAGCCGUUUCUCCUUUUCAAAAAUAUUUUGAGCCUAUUGACGGCGAUUUAAAACAAAAUGACAGAGCUCCUGCUGCUCCUCAUGGCAAAAGAGGCAAGAAAGUAGAUGAUCGACAAAUUCGGGAAUACUUAAAUCGCAAAAAACCUUCUGGAAAGCCAAAGCAAAAGGGAUCAAAAGCUUCAAAUUCUACUUCUAGCACCCAUUCGGAAACUACCACUUCAACAUCUCGACAAGCUCCUCCUUUUCAACAACUUCCUGCCCCGCCUCCCACUUUCAAUAUUUGGGCAAAUCUCUUUUAAGAAAAAUACUAUUUAAAUUUAAAAAAACAUAAAUAAGUAAAUAUAUGUAUUUGUUUAUUAUAUUUUGACAGAUUGUCAAUAUUUCAUCCCUCUUACAAUUUUUCAUGCAGCAUUUUACUGUUGCGCAAUAUAUAAAUGGGAUUUUUGAAUAAAUUUUCUGACUCUUAAUAUUUAAUUUUUAAAUAAUUUUGAUUAAAAUUCAAUCACUUGAAUUUAUUUAUAAUACUUUUAAUUAUGCGGUGGUAUUUAAUACAUAUGUUGUUUCUAAUUAUGCAUAGUAUGUUUACCAAACCUUUCCAAAGACAAACAUUUUCUAUUGGGUUGAUUUCAGUGGCCUAUAAAUUACAAGUCUCUAAUUGUUUUAAAUUUCUUGCGCCUUGGACGUCUAAAAAUU